CAUACCUUAGCACACCCUUGUGUCCGUGCCUGUCAUUGUGCCUUUUAGCAAUCAUAAGCUGGGAGCUUACCUGCUAGGUAAGCCAAUGCCGAUGCCUGGAAUAUUGCUGUCCGGACCACCAGGCUGUGGCAAGACUAAAUUGGCUCAUGCUAUUGCCAAUGAAACUAGCUAUACCUUCCACAAGAUUUCAGCCCCCUCACUCGUCUCCAGCUUCACAGGUGGAUCUGAAGACAUGAUAAGAAGGCUGUUUCAUAAAGCUCAUCAGACUGCUCCGUCAGUUGUGUUUAUUGAUGAGAUUGAUGUGAUUGCUUCCAAAAGAGAGGAUUUAAAAGCAGCGGAGCAGAGGAUUGUGGCACAACUUCUGACCUGCAUGGACAACGUGAAUUCAAAAUCUGGCUGUGUUAUUGUGAUUGGAGCUACCAAUAGGCCUGAUGCCAUUGACCCUGCUCUAAGGAGGCCAGGGCGUUUUGACCUUGAGUUUGUCUUAGGCGCUCCGGAUGAAAAGGCCAGGUUCCACAUUCUUUCUCUGCUUCUAAAACAUCCAAGACUUGAAGGUUCGUUUGAUCUUCAUAAACUAGCCAGGGCUACAUCAGGGUUUGUUGGAGCUGAUUUGGAAACACUGGUCAUCAAGGCUGUCAAGAUUGCUGAGAAUAGGAUUGUAAACAACAACAAGGCUGAUAGGUCUAUAUAUGCGCCUGAAGAAAUGAAAAACUACUCCAUCUCUAUGAAUGAUUUUGAGGAAGCAGUUCAAGCUAUUCAGCCUUCUUUAAAAAGAGAAGGAUUCAAUGCAAUUCCUGAUGUGAAAUUGGAGGAUGUUGGUGGGCAGGAUUCAUUAAAGCAGGAAUUUCUUGAAUUUAAAUACCCUUCAUUCUAUGAGGGAGACGACUUAGAGACAGGUGUUCUGCUCUACGGACCUCCAGGAUGUGGUAAAACACUGAUAGCAAAGGCCGUUGCUAAUGAGGCUGGUGCUAGUUUCAUUCACAUUAAGGGCCCUGAACUUUUGAAUAAAUAUGUUGGAGAAAGUGAGCUACAACUUCGGACAAUAUUUAGCCGUGCAAGGAUGUGUUCGCCAUGUAUACUUUUCUUUGAUGAGGUGGACUCUAUAACAACUAAUAAGGAGAGCGAAGGGUCAUGGGUUGUUCAGCGGCUAUUGAAGCAGUUUCUUAUAGAAUUUGAUGGUGGAGAGAAGCGGCAAGGUGUAUUUAUAAUUGGUGCCACUAAUAGACCCGAUCAAAUGGACCCUGCUAUGUUACGGUCCGGAAGGUUCGGUAAACAAAUACUUGUUUCCCUGCCCGAUAAAGACGAGCGUGGUUCAAUCUUGAAAGCUCUUGCAAGGAAAAAACAUAUAGAUCCCAGCGUAGAUCUGUGUGAGAUUGCACAAGGAUGUGAAAACUUCAGUGGAGCUGAUCUUGCUAUGCUGAUGAGUAGAGCUUCUAAGCUUUCUAAAGCUGAGACAUUUGAGGAAUUUAUAGCAACUGGUGGGAGUUCAGAUGCACCACCACCAUCGAUUAUCAACAAUAUUCACUUUGAGCAAGCACGAGCUACAAUCACACCAUUAUCCAUCGAGAAAAUUCGUUGGUACCAGACUUUUGGAGAGGAAGAACAAAAGACUCCCCGUGAACACUGUGUUAAAGGAUUCAUGGACUUCGCGGCACCAAGAAGUUGAGUUAUGAGCGUCCUGUGGAAGAGAUUUUAACUGUCAGAGAAGGCCUAAAGCACUGGAAAUGAAACAUAAGACUCAGCAGAACAAGAAAUUAUGAGAGGGAAACAAAUUUUUGGACGGUGUUUUUAAUUUUAACAUUUAAGUUGUGUCCUGUACUUCAAUUUUUAUGUAGAAUUUGAUGAUGUUGAGCAUGAUAUACUCUGCCAAUGGCAUUACUCAUUGUCAUCUAUACAAAGAAAGCUAUUUCUUAGCUGAA